GCUCCGCCCGCCGGAGCGGCGCGGCGCGGGGAGGGAGAGAGAGGGAGGAGGAGGAGGAGGGAGGGCGCCGGGCUGCGCUGCGCUGCUAGUCCGGAGCGGAGCCUGGCAGCGGCAGGAUCGGCGGCGCGGGGUGCGCAGCAGCCGGAGCCUGCUGGACGGAGGCAGCCCCGUCCCCCCGCCCUCCCUCCCCUCGCCUCUUUCUUUGUGCGCAGGGCAGGGGCGGCCCCGAUCCAUGGUCAUGGGCGACAAGAAGAGCCCGACCAGGCCGAAAAGGCAAGCCAAACCUGCAGCCGACGAAGGCUUUUGGGAUUGUAGCGUGUGCACCUUCAGGAACAGCGCCGAAGCCUUCAAAUGCAGCAUCUGCGAUGUCAGGAAAGGCACCUCCACAAGAAAACCUAGAAUAAACUCUCAGUUGGUGGCACAACAAGUUGCCCAGCAAUAUGCAACCCCACCACCACCUAAGAAGGAGAAGAAGGAGAAAGUGGAAAAACAAGACAAAGAAAAACCUGACAAAGAGAAGGAAAUUAGUCCAAGUGUUACAAAGAAGAACACUAACAAGAAGACUAAACCAAAGUCGGAUAUUGUGAAAGAUCCUCCUAGUGAAGCAAACAGCAUACAGUCUGGGAAUACUACAACAAAGACCAGCGACUCAAAUCACACUUCAAGACCCAGACUGAAAAAUGUGGACAGAAGUACUGCACAGCAGCUGGCAGUCACAGUGGGAAAUGUCACAGUAAUUAUCACAGACUUUAAAGAAAAGACUCGCUCUUCAUCCACGUCAUCUUCUACAGUGACCUCCAGUGCAGGAUCAGAACAACAGAAUCAGAGCAGCUCGGGCUCUGAGAGCACAGACAAGGGCUCGUCCCGUUCCUCCACGCCCAAGGGGGACAUGUCGGCAGUCAACGACGAAUCUUUCUGAAAAAUUGCACAUGGAGUUGUGGAAACUAUGAAUCGGGGUAUGAAAUUCAAACACUCCACCUGCCCACGCUGUUCAAAUCCUGGAGAGCCUCUUCUGUGCUUGAACACACUUUCUCGGACAUCGACCUCUUACUGAUGCAACCAGGAUAAUUUCUGCUUGCCGUGGGCAUCUGGCCACCAAGGAAUUUCUCACCCUAGCGAUUACUCUUGACACUUUUAUGUAUUCCAUUGUUUUAUAUGAUUUUCCUAACAAUCAUUUAUAAUUGGAUGUGCUCCUGAAUCUACUUUUUUAUAAUAUCUGCUGUGCACAAUUUUCCAUGAACAUGACAACUUUUUGUUUUGGGGUAGGGGGUGGGUGGGGUGGGAAGGGGGCUUUAUUUAUUGCAUUCACAAACUCCAUCCUCUUUCAACAUAUCCUUUUUAAGUUCAGUUCUUCUUCCAGUUAUACUGUGUACUAUCAGUUUUGAUAUAAAUUAUAUAUAAAUAUAUAUAUAAAUAAAUAUAUAUAAAGGGUUAUUUGAAACCAAUACAUGGAAACGCUGGUGCUUGAAACACUGUGAAGUGAUAAAACAAAAUAAUUGAACAGUUCAAGAUCUGGGACAGUCCCCUUCUGUGAAAUUACUGAAACUGAAAUGGAACUGGUCUUAGGUGAAAAGUGUUCCUGAAGGUUUGAACCUGGACGGGACCUGUUCUCUGUGUUAUUCCUUCCCCGUUUCUUCCCUAAGCAAUGGCUAAAGUGUACUGGACAUGGUUUUAAUUGUUACAGCUUGGGAUCUGAGCUGAGAGAGGAUUGCUCCAGGCAGCUGGUGUUUCCCCUAGGGUCGCUCAGGUUGGUGAUGUGCAGGUCCAUGCCCAGCUGGAGCAGCAGCAUUCCCAACCAGACUGCUGGUGUUACACCCCAGAUCUGUGUGUUUGGUAACACGAGCGUGGCUGUGUCCUGCACAGCCAGUCCCACACGUGUUGGUGGUGUUAAUGAAUUCCAGCCAGCAGCCUCAGUGCCUGAGGUAACUAGAACUGCAGUGGUUGCUGUGGGUGGAAGGCAGCAGGGAGCCUGGGAGCAAUCCCAAGCUCAGGAACCGAGCUGGUGCUCGCUCCAGCCGCGUGUGGGCCGGUGCUUGUCAGCCCUGUCCCAUCUGUCCCGUCCAUGCUGUUGGGGUGGCUCUUUUCCUUGGCAUCCAUCUGUGUCCCAAGAGUGGUUUCUGAACAGCAUCUUGUCCAGUGAUGGGCUUGUCAGCGUUCGGACACUUCCAAGUCUCCUGCUGUGGCAGCAAAAGUAGGGAAAAGUUUUCGUGCUGGCAAGUGAGCGACGUGUGGCUCAUGCUCAUGACCAGCAUCUCCUUCAUUCUUACUCUAAAGCUAUCCAGACUAUAAUUUCUUUUCCUGGCCUGUUAGUGUUGCUUUACAGUUUACCUUCCAUGCAUUAUCCUGCUAAAACACUCAGCUGAAGAGGUGAAACAAACUUUUGUUAAAAAAAACAAAACAAACCCCAAACCUCUUUGGCUUUUCAUCUUUAUUUAGUGGCCCCAGGGUGCUUUGCAGUAAUUUCAGGCGCAGAGGCUGUGGCUUCAUCUGACAUCAAAUGCAUAACUUUUGGGCAUGAUGAAAGAGGGCCACAUUUUGACAACUUUGUGCCUGCUUGUUAUAUUGUGAAUUAUUUGCUCGGCAAGAGAAAUUUCUCUUUGUGGAGGCAACUGAUUUAAGAUUUCUUUUAAAAUCUGUGUGGUUUUGAGUAGCAGAUGUAGGUUCCUUUCACACUGGUGACAGAAAUGUGUGAGUAAGGGAUCUGGUAGGGCUCCUGCUUUAAGGCAUGUGCAGUGACAGUGCCUUGGCAGCAGUGGUUUUAUUCUGAACGUUAGCAUGGGCACCCCAACUUAAUUCUGCUUAUAUUCACAGUAUAGACUGUCUUUUGUAAGCAUUUUUAAAAGUAUUAAAGAACCAAAGGAAAACAGAUGCUUCCUAUGAGCAUCAAGACAAUUUAUUAUACAUAGUUUUAAAUACUAUGAGUAUCUCAAUCCACAUUUUAACAUUAGUGGGAUAUUGCAAAGACAUUCCUUUUCCAGUUUUUACUAUUCCUUUAAGGGUCUCAGGGAGGGUAAACUGGUCAGCCAUAUUUAUUUAUUUUACUGAAAUGUAUUGGAAUAAUUUUUUAAGAGAGAUUUUUUGAAGAUGCCCCUGAACUUGUAUAUUUUGCACUGCUUUAUAAAUGAUCCGUUAUCAAUUAGGCUUGCGUGCAUCUCGGCCGCGAUCCAGCCAAGAGCGUGAGCGCGUGGCAGGUCCCGCUGGCCUCAGCAGGGCUCAUUCUGGUGCUUCAAGUCAAACCACGCGCUCACCUUCCUCGUUGGAUCUGGGAAUUUGUGCAAAAAAAAAAAAAGAAAAAAAAUAGCAUUGUGUGUACCAGGAAAUUGCUUCUUUUUCAAGUGAAACUAGACCUGUAGAUCAGUUGAAAAGCUUUAACGCCGUACCCAGCUACUCGCGGUAAAGUCGGGAACAUCUGUCCCUUUGGCGUGCCUCCUCGAUGAAGUAGCUUGCUAUAAACAGCUGGGAAGAUUUCUUUGGAACGAGUGACCUGUAAUUCUGCAAUCAGUUAGGAAGUGCUAGCUGAGCAUGGGACCCCCAGCCUCAUCCGUAGCUGUUGUGUUGUGGGUUUGAAGGGCAGCGUUUGCUUUCAGCGUUUCGGAAGUUGGCGUUCCCGCGGCGCCGCGCGUGCGGUUCCCUCCGCCCUUGGUGGGGAAGGUGUUCCAGAACCAAACCAAGCAAACACUAGUGUAGGGAAGGACCAGAUUCACGGUGUUCAGUGGCACAGAACGCAGGUAAGUGAAGCACAGUGUUACGAUGGCAAAGUUUCGACUCUUACACAGACACACACAGACACCGACACAGCUUGCCUGACUCGCUCAGUUGACGUAGUUCUGCAAAGGAAAGGUGACAGCGUUUUACACCACCAGGCUAUUUAUUUCAAUUGGAACUUUGCUUCAAAUUGGACAGAUCCAAAAUUUGGCAGCAGCUUCUGUGAGUUUAUUUCCACUGAGAUGUUUUCACCUGCCUUACCAAGAUCAUUCUCAGUCUACUUUUUUAAGCUCUACCAUAAACUUAAAUUAUUGAAAAUUUAUUAAUUGCUGACUAUAUAAUAACCUUUGCUUGUAUGUAACCGAAUGGUUUUAAGAGCCAACAUUUAGAGUAUGACAAUGGAGCUGAACAGUUUUUAAUGCGCAAGCAGUUCUGUUCUUGUGUAUGACUUGUAACCUUAAUUUACUGUGUAAAGAUGGUUACAUUAUUUCCUUAGCUUUGUUUGUUGGAGACAAAUAUAGAUUGCUUGUUUAAGUAUGUCAAAACAUAAUCUUAUCUUGUGGAUUUUUAUGUUAAUGUAUUAUACGAGCUCUAUUUUUCAUUUGCCCAGAAAGACAGCUUGUAUAACGCUUCUGAAAGUUUUUCCGCUCUGUAAAGUCUUUAGAGCUGACAGUCCUGUUAGGUUUGUUUUAAUCUUCAUGCUAAAGUGUCAAUGGUGGUUUUGUGAACUGGUCAGAAAUUCACAGGUCUUAAAUGUUUUUGGGAAAUUUAUAUUGGACACUGCUCUUUGUCUAGCAAAUAAAAGAUGUUAAUAUAUUCCUGUUACUGGCAUGUGCACGACUGUUAUUAGAAGCCACUUUAUCAUUUUCCUGCUUUAAAUAGAAAUGUCUAUUUAUGAAUUCUGCUUGUAGUUUUUUCACAAAUAAAAUAGUAAAAUUUAAUUAAA